GGGGGGUAUUUCCAGAGGCAGCACUCAGGGUGCUCAUUACCGAUCGGGGUGCCGACAGCGGAGCCAUGGCCGAGGAGCAGCGGGACCUCAUCUCCGACCGCGGCAGCGGUGUGGUCAAUGUUGGGGACACCCGGAGGUCUGUGCUGGGCCGCAAAGUCGCCUUCUCCACUCUCUCCAUCUUGGUGGCCCUGCUGAUCGCCGGCCAGGCUGUCACGGUCUACUUCGUCUACCAGCAAAGCGGGCAGAUCAGCAAGCUGACCAAGACCUCCCAGACCCUGCAGCUGGAGGCACUGCAGAGGAAGCUGCCUGCCAGUGCCAAGCCGGUGAGCAGGAUGAAGAUGGCCAUGGUGAACACUCCCCUGGCCAUGAGGGUCAUGCCGCUUGCCCCCUCUGUGACCAACAUGGACAUGCCCCCCGCCAGCAACAAAACCGAGGACCAAGUGAAGCACCUGCUGCUGCAAGCAGACCCCAGGAAGAUGUUCCCGGAGCUGAAGAACAACCUGAUGGACAACCUGAAGAGCCUGAAGGACACCAUGACUGACGCGGACUGGAAGUCCUUUGAAUCCUGGAUGCACAAGUGGCUGCUGUUUGAAAUGGCCAAGAACCCCAAGACAGAGGACCGUAAGGCGAUCCCGGCGGAGAAAGUGCAAACUAAGUGCCAGCUGGAGGCCAAUUUGGGGGGUGUCCAGCCAGGCCACUACCACCCACAGUGCGAUGAGAACGGCGACUACCUGCCCAAGCAGUGCAAUGCCUCCACGGGCUACUGCUGGUGCUCCUACAAAAAUGGCACCAGGAUUGAGGGCACUGCUACUCGGGAAAAGCUGGAUUGCCCUGGCACUGCUGCCACAGUAGAGCCGGAGGAGAUGAUCUUCUCCGGGGUGGACAUGCUGAAGCUGGGUGCUGAGAAAGGCGAGUAGAAGAGGAUACCGGCGGAUGCCUGUCCUGUCUUCAGCAUCCCAGCUCAACAUGGUGGUUUUUUGUUUUGGUUUUUUUCUCUCUAUUUCAAUUCUGCUCUUAUAUUGCUUUUCCAAGGUGAUUAACAGUGGGCACCCCUGUGUGUCCCUGUCCCUUGAGGCAACAACUGCGACCCUUCCCCUGCUGCAAGGCACCAGACAGGGCUGAGCUGCCACCAGGAUCAGUGAUAGAGGCAAAGUGUUCCCUCAGAGCAGGGGUAAAGUAGGCUGGAAAAUUACUUCAGUGAUGUCAGAUCCAUAAAUCCUGUUCGCUUCUGCUCAUCAGCAUCCCACAGCAGCCAGGCAGCGGCAGAGCUCACCCCUGCAGAAUGAGCCAUUAAUGCUUUCUUACACUGAAUGAAUGAACAUUAAAAGCAGCAAAACAACCUCCACCAGCUUCUUAACUAAACCCCAUAGGUUGAAGCCCUGUUAGAUUACUAGAGGAGAGGGUUUUUAUUCUGAAGUGUUCAGUGUUGUAUAGACAUUCACCUUCAGCUUUUGCCUUCAGGCUGGAGAACAGCCACAGCAGUGGGUAACAGUGGGCAGAGGAGCUGACCCUGGAGUCACAGGAGGCUUCUAAUUUUUCUGAAUAGAUCUGUUAGUUUCUUUAUAAAUGAUCUCACAAGCUAAUUAUUUCAAAUAAACUUUUGAAUAAGAAAGCCUUGUAAGCAACUCUAGCAGGGUAGUGCUUGCACACAGUUUGCAGCUGUCCUAGGUUAAAAAUAAAUUAAGCUUAAGAAGGGAAAAUGAAAAAAA